CGGAACACGGCCAUCGCCGUGAAAUUAUUGCUUGUUACGAGCCAACGAGCCAACUCUCUCUUAGAAGUCUUAGAUCUUGCGAGUGUGCGAUUUUAUGGAUUUUUCACGAAUUCGGGUGGUUUUCAGGAUUUAAUUUAGCGAUUUUUUUUACUGUGAACAGAAAAGAAUCUUUAUAAAAAAGAAUGUAUUUGAAGUGUUACAACUUUUGGAUUGAGUAAAUUUUAAUUUAUUGGAGUUUUCAAAUAGAGCUAUAAAUACAAACAAUGUUUCACGGCAAUACAUUAGACCUAUAUAAUAUAGGUAGUUACUUAAACAAGUAUAAUGACUUGAAACUGCAUAGCUUUUUGUUCAGUUGAUCUUUCAGCACAAUUAAAAUUUAGGUACAGAUCUACAUGAUCUAACCUAGUGCUAAAUAAAUCAACCACUAAUUUAUAACUAGAGGCAAUCACCUCUUGUAAUUGAAGAAUUCUUUAUUUAACUGUGGAAAACUAAAUAAAAUCUUACAUGAGGCUGAAGGAACACAAAUUGAGGUGGUGGUUUCUCACUUGAGAAGGGACAAAGUUGUUAAUAAGCUAAUUCCGAUGAACAAUGAACCAUUCCGGAAGCGGUAAACGUCAGGCGAAGGUUUUGGAAGAAAACUACUGGGACUGCAGUGUCUGUACGUACCGUAAUACAGCUGAAGCAUUCAAGUGCCUAAUGUGUGACGUACGCAAAGGUACCUCCACGCGGAAACCGCGUAUCAACCCUCAAACCCUGGUGGCUCAGCAGGUUGCCCAGCAGUUCCAGCCGCUGCUGAAGCCGGGUAAGAAGGAGAGUGGCAGCGGCUCGUCAACGACGAGUACCAGCAGCAUUGGUAAAGAUGGUCGCAUCAAAUCAGACAAGCCAAGACGUAAAUCGAGACAUCCACCAAGACUGAAGAAUAUCGAUCGUAGUACUGCGCAAAGUAACGAGGUGACGGUUAAUAACGUAACAGUUGUCAUAACUGAAUACAAGCCCAAAAUCAAGAAGAACAGCAGCGAUCAGUCUGGAUUGUCAAGCAGCGCCUCCUCCGAGAAUGGCAGUCAACAUGACUCCAACCAGGAUUCUAGGAGUCUUGAUAUUGGUACGGAUGCCUGAGUUACCAGUGCAGGAGUUCAUAGUGCCUCAUGGUAGACGAUACAAGAGGGACAAUGAAAGUAAUGUCCUUUUUUGACAUUCGCUCAUGCUUUCACUGGUGGUUAUGUGACUCUUGUGCUUUGUGAAUUCUUUUUUGACUUCAUUUCAUUAUGUAUAUUUGAGCUGAUCUAUUCAAUGAAGAUUUUGUAUGUUGGAACACACAACUUGAUUUGACAUUAACAGAUUUCUAUUUGUGAGAAACCAUUUAAAAGUACUCAAAUUUGAUAAUUCAUCUUAUAUAUGUGACUGACUAAUUUUUUUUAGUUGCAAAUAAGUACUUACAAAGCAUGAGUAAAUGUAAACAAUUCAAAAUAUAUAUUUAAAAUGGACUGAAUCAAGUCCAGUAAGUAAAGACUUGAUAUAACAAGCAUGUGCUACCAUUGUUUGAUGGAAACAAUGUCCUUCUUAUUUAUGGGAGUAUUUUUCACUUAUAUAAUCUGUAAUUUUAUCAAUUGUGCAUACACUGUGGGUUAUUGUAGAUGUCGUUGAUUUUUUUAUUUAUACUGUCAAAUAUCAAGAUAGAUAUAUAACUGUAUAGCACUCACUGUUUGGACAUUUUAUGCUACUAAUGAUUACUUUGAAUCACACACAAUUUAUAUAUCUGCAUAUACAAUAAACAUACAUAAAAUAGGAUUAUAAAAUAAACAAAACUGAUCAAAUGAUUAAAGUGCCUUUGCUCUUAGUUUGCAAAAGCAAAAAACAGUUCUUUUAAAAAAACUUUGCAUAGAGUUAUAUCCAUAGCUUUCCUAGCAGUGUUUAACUAGUAGCCAUAACUUCAAAUAAUGAGUUAAUAAUUUCUAUCAAGUUAAAAUUUUCUUACAUAUAACAAAAUUCAAAGUUAAAUAACUAAUUGUUUAAAAGCGAUUUCCAUAUUUAAAAAGUAUAUUUAACAUUUUCCUGUUUGUGAAGAAAUACUAUUAUUAGCUAAUUCAUUAUAUUUUAUUAUAAAUAAUAAUAAUUUUCGUAAAAUUUUCUAAAUUUGAUACUCAAACCUUUUUAAAAAUAUACUUAACAAAUUUGCCAAAUCUCGCAUUUCUAUAUUUCUACUGGGCAUUCUCUUAUCGAAGAAUAAUAAAAAUUGCAUGGUUUAUAAUUAGAUAAACUAUUGAUUCUAACAUUCCUCUAAACAUAAAGUUUACUAAAUUAAAUGAAAAAGAAAAGUUUUGAACAGAAGCCUUAGAGCUUGAUACAUUUUUACACAUCAAAAAUAGUGUUUCUAACCAGAAAAGUUUAUAGAAACUAAUGGUGAAAUAUAAUGUAAAAUAAUUUUCAUAAACAUUCUUAAUAAAACGUAUACAACAUUUUGAUCAUGUUUUUAUACAAUGUGUUGAAACAUUAGAAGCAUAAAAUGUCUAAAAUCCAUAGCCUUUUUGAUUUACUAAACCACUGCCAUAGUGCAAAUUAUAAAAAUAUUUAAAAAAAUGGAUUUUGGUACUCAAAACUAGAUGAUACUUUGUAAACUUUUAAUUUUAUAAAAUCGUUUCUGCUGGUUAUUUUCAUUUCAUUCAAUAUUUUGGCAUGAUGCCACAAUCAUGCAAAGAAGUUAGAUGAAAAAUUGAUUAGUUUCAACGAGAGUGCAUAUAUACAUUCGCAAAAUGUGUGCCAGUGUAGAGGAAUUAAAUAAGUGACUGUCAUUCGCGUGUAACCGGAUGGGGUAACUAAAGAUUUUUAAAGGUGUGAGUCUUCGUUUUAAUUAUCUGUCGGUUGAUCAUAUUUUUUUUUAAAUGUAAUAUUUUUGAUAAUUAGAGUUUGGAAAACCUCGCACAACUACUUUAAUUAUUCGCUAAUUUAUUUUGUAUUUAAUAUUCUUUAGGAACUGAGGCAUCCUAAUUUUAGUUAGCAUAGUGAAAAUUAAUUUCCGAUCUAAUAGUGAUAUUUUAUUUGAAAUACGAGAUCAAUCGACAUAGUUAAAUAAAUAGUGCGAAUUAUUAAAAAAAUGAUGAAACGUAAAAAAAUAUUAAUGUAAGUAAACUGUGGUGUAGUAGAAUGCAAAAGGUUUUAAAAGAGUUAGCAAAAAAUGAUAGAUCUAAAUGAUGCACUGCCUUUUAUUUUCUUUUAGAUUUAAUUUAUUCAAUUUGUAUAAUUUAUAGCAAAAUUUAUUCUCAAAAGGCAUUUCGUGCAUUCAGAAUCAAUUAUUUUUAAAGCUAAUGAAGCUUUCAACAAAAUUGUAAACUAAAUAUUUAAUUUAAUUUAGCAAGUAAAAAUGUAAUUAUAAACAAAUAUGACUUUUCAUAAUUCAGUAUGUAAA